AUGGGGCGUGGGACAGAGGAGCCGCCCCAGAUUGCCCCUCGGUACCACCCCGCCCGGCCCGCCACAUCCCCGCCCGCGCCUGGUAGCCUGAGCCCCGGAACAUUUCCAAGCCCCACAUCUGCACCCCGGCAGCGGAAAGGGGCGCGGAGCCCGCGGCUCACCUGUGCGCUGGAUCCCGGAGCGGCUCCGAGGGGCGCGGGGCGCGGGGUUCAAGCAAGCGCGGCCCGCAGACUCAAACUUUGUUGCUCUCGGGACGGCGCAGUCGUCACUUCCUCGCUGAACGGGCGGCGCAGUCUGGGCUGUGACCCAACUGCUCGCGCGGCGGCGCGCCGGGCCCUACAGCCACCAGCCCCGCCCGCGCCCGGGAUCUGCGCGCCCAGAGCCCGGGAGCUGGCUUUGGGCUCUGCGCUUCCCGGGCCGCGCGGGGAACCAGAAAGUCUGAGCGAUCUUCCACCAAAUGCAGCCGCUGGGGAAGCCUCCCUCCACCGAAUCCUCCCAGAGCCGUGGAAUUGUGUUCGGAGGAGCCGCGCCGAGGUAUUCAUACCUCCGAUGGCCUUUGACUUCCAUCAUGUCAAAACUCAGCAGGAAUGCCACAAGAUAUGCUUUUUAGCCUACAAUUCGUUGGAGCCCCGACACAGACCAAGACUGAAGGAACUUCAGGCGUUGACAACUUUGGAGGUGGUGUCAAGCUCCGUGGUUUAAAGUAGGACAAUCUCCUGUGACCUCAAUCCUGAGGGAGAAGGAAUACAACUGCAGAACUCUCGAAGGGGGCUCUGCUGCUUGGCAAGCUGUCACCUCCCCAGAAGCCUGACCACCCAGGGAAACUUCUGCAUCUGUGGCUUAUUGUUUUGUGGCUUUGAUUCUUCAGUUCAGCCAUUGUCUGCCAAGAUGUUUGCAUUUGGAAGUUCUUCAUUAUGCCUUUGAGAAAAUGAUUUCACAUUUUUCUCUCUGAAUCCUGUAUUCAUCAAUCGUUUUAGGUUGAUGGCAAAAUUAGUUUUCAUUUCCUUGGGCAUGGGUUUUGUCUGGUUGUUGAUUUUUUUUGGUAUAUUUGGUAUAUUUGUUCUCAGGUUUGUCAGUAAAUCUUUCAAUUUUUUAUUUAUCUGGACCUUUUCCAAAAUAACAAAUUCACUUUAUUUAAAAAAUCAAACUCUGUUUCACCUAGUGAAUUUUUCUAGGAUUUAAAUUUAGCAUACCUGGAAGAACAGGACCCAAAAGAUAAUUGAAACCAGACACAUCUUUUCUCAGGUAGCCAUAACUUUAUCCCUUUUUGAACCAAAUCUCCUAAACAAUGUAGUCAAGAAGGGCUAAAUGUGUAAAUUUCUAUGAGGAGAUAAUCACCUUCCUUAAGGGAGAAACAGUUAAAAUCUAGCCUUCACUUUUUAGUAAGUCAACUCACACAAUAUGCAAGCACAGCUCAGUCAUUCUUCCAAGGGAGAUUUUUGAAGCUGAUCUGUGACUAUUUUCUGUUAUCCAAUAAGUGGAAAUAACAUCCAUCAUCCAGAAAGUCAAAGUGUGGUUACAAAAAAAAAAAAAAAAAAAAAAAAAACCCACAGAGUAUAUGAACUCUUAGUGGUAAAAACUCCACUGUCAUUUCAAGGUUUCAAGGUGUGGGUUAGGAUGAUCUGAAGCCCACACAGUGGCAUGGGGUCUUGGGCCAUCUCACUGUGAGGAUGCUUUAACGGAAAUAACUGAGUUACCAACUUGUAUAUAAAUGUGUUUUCUUUUUCUUUUUUGGAAUAGUAAAUUUCACAUAUUAUUGAAAGCCAUGAGAUUUUGCUAAUCUAGGUGAAAUGGUUUGUGUAAUAUGAUGGUCCUUUGGAUAAAGAGUUCAUGUAAGAAAAGAGAUGCAUUUGUAUUUUUUCAAAUAAUAAAACUUUAC